AUGAACACGAGCACCAUUGACAGCGCGUUCCAGAGUGUUCGCCUUUAUUACUUAUACUACCCACGUAUCUGUGUUGAAACAACAUCAGUACUUUCUUACUACUCCUUCAAUCCAACUGUUAGAACGUUAUCUACGGGGUUGGUAAUGGCUUCUUUAGUUGGAACAAUACCUAUAGUCUAUCGUGGGAAUAGGUUUUGUUUACCGUUGUGUAUAAUGUUUCCGUUUGACUACCCAUUGACUCCUCCCCUCUUUUUCACCGACCCAACUGCAGAAAUGGAAGUUGUACCAAACCAUCCCUACGCGUUAACUAAUACCGUCAUUCAUCACCCUUUCUUGGAUAGAUGGACACAAAACAAUAAUGUGUUGUCCGUCCUUCAAGUCUUUGUUAAGGACUUCUCUCAUAUGCCCCCAUUACGAAUGAAAGUAAAGCAACAACUCCCAACUCUCACACAAAUGCAAUACACUAAACAAACACAAUACUCUACAAAUACACCCACAAACACAUUUCAAUGCCAACAAACCCCACAAGGUGUACAAAGACUACAACCUCUCCCACAAGAACAGUACCAACAACGCGAGGCCGAAAAUAAUACUUACCCAUACACACAACGAUCACACCAAAUUCGACAAUACGACAGUUUCCAAGGCGACAGAAUCAACUUCCAACAAAACUUCACUCAACCCUUCCCACAAAAAACAAAUUUCCAAUUUCCUCAACUCUCGCAAACCAAUCCGUUGCCUUCAGUAUCAUCAAUGUACGCCCCAGAAAAGACGGAAAGACAAACACAUCGACAACCAUUACCUUCGUUCAACUCCGUGUACUCGUCCAAUGUUUCUGGAUUUGCUCCUUUCAAACCCAAGCAGGAGCAAGCCACGGCUGGCUUCGACUUGAAGGCCUUUGUGUUAGGAAAGGCAAAACAACCCGAAACACAUUUACCUGAUAUCAAUAGACUUAACGAACCCAUUCAGGUGCAGUUUCCUCCUCUUGACAUUGAAUCAAGGAAGGACUAA